AAGCUAGUAAUAAUAAUAUAGCAAAGGCCAAAGGGGAGGAUUGCAGAAUGCGGAAGGGAGAGGGUGAAUUAGGGUUUGGCGGCACGGUGGAGGAGGAAGGGAUAAAGAUAUGGUUGAUGGUAGAGCACCUAUGUGGGGAGAUUAGUCACUCAAUAUACAGGAUAGAGCCCCCUACAGAUGCCGCAGACUACGAGGAGAAACAGAUCGAUUCAGAUGGACUCAUGAUAGAUCUCGUAUCUCCUCUCAUAACCAUCGGUAAUGAAUUUGAAUUAUUAGAACACUGUGCUAUGGUGAAGGUAGGCUCUCUUAUGUACUUUUUUGGGGGUGUUUCAAUUGGUCGUGUUUUAAGUAAUGAUCAGGUAAAGCUGUGCGUUAGAAUUCUAGACAUAGAGCACCCAGAGCUAGGCCUCUACUCUGCACCAUCUCUCAAUGCCCCCAAGGAGAGACCUUGUGGUUUCUCCGCUCGGGGCAUGGUUUACGCUCUAGGAUCUCGCCUUGAUGUUUGUAACUCUAAAUUUUUUCUUGAUGAUGGCAGUGUUGCUACGGGUAUAUUCGAGAGGUAUGACCCUAAAGCUCACAAGUGGCAAGUCCUGCCUGACCCACCCCUGCCAUUCGGCAAGACGCCGAGAUUCGACGAGAUAACUUGGUGUGAUUCUGCUACAGUCAUAGCUGAUAGGUAUGUUUUUGUGGGGAAUCCGGUGCCGGAGUUGUAUGUCAUCUUUGACCUGGAUGUCGGCAAGUGGGGAACUCCUUUUCCCGAAUCCUUCAUUUCCAGCCACUUCCCCUAUGGUUCACUCUGUGUCGAUAACUCCCUGUACUGUCUCACUGGUUUUGGCACAUAUAAGUAUGGAACUCAAGAAGAAGCAAAAAGCAACUGGCUUGAUGAAGACGAACAAGAAUACGAAGAAGACUACAGGUUACAGAUUAUUAAAAGAGGUCCUCUCUAUGUGGAGGAUCCCAAUAGGUUGCUUGAGAGCCAUUGUUUGCGCCCUGAAAAUAAACAGCUCAUGACUCGUUUGGAACCGCCAGAUUUGUUGGAUGAGUGUAAUUCCUACGAAUGGAGAGAGCUAUUGCACUUGGGGGGGCCCUUUUUUUGCAAUAUCCUCACUUCCGAGCUCGGUGAAACAUUUUGCCGUGGUGUUUGGAUUGAUGUUUUCGAGGAGGUCAAGAUACCUGCUUCUAAAUCUACUCAUUUCCGGACUUUAGCUUCAUUCUCCUACAAAAUCCGCACUCCCUUCCACAAUAGUGGCUUUUACGUCCGCUGCUGUGCUUUUGGCUCGGUUCCAGACUCAUGGGUUAAGGAACCUUUGAAGAAAAAACAGGUGGCAGUAGAGAAAAAGACCUUCAAAGCAGAGCAGAUUCCGCAUGAUCAUGCUAGUGGGAGUAAGGGACUAGGGGAUUGCAUCCAGGAUAAAAUUGUUGCAGCUGGGGAUGAGGAAAUUAUCAGGUUAAGAGCUGAGUUGGAAAAGCUGAAGGCUGACUUGGCAAUGAAGGAUGAGCUUCUAAAAACCUAUAAGUCGGUAUAUUCUGCACCCUGAUCGACAUUGCUCAAUCUUGUUAGCUUGCAUUGGGGAUGAUGGAGCAGAAAAAACUCCAGAAACAGCAUUUUUCAACAAGAUUACAAGACAGUGUCUGGCCUUUGGAUGUGUAACUUAUGAAGUUGUACUUUGCUUUUAAUUUUGAAGAUUUAAGUCUGUACUGUCAAAUGACUCAAAUGGUUUGUGUCUUCGUCUUUUCACUUCUCUGCUUUGUAGUCUGAAGUCAGAAUUAACUGUGGUUGUGAAUGUAGUGAAUCCUGGAUUUGGACAUUUGUGGACUAAGGAAUUACUGAAUGGUAUGUUACUGAUGUGGAUGUGA